CCUAAUUUCCUGUUCCUUAAACACGGAUCCGUAGUGACAGCAAAAUAACAAUACAUUCUCUCAACUAUCCCUUUCCUCCCUAAAAUGUCUAAACUACAGCAGAUCAAUGUAUUUCUCAACGAAAAAUUAACAGCAGUUCCUUUGGAGAUAUCCGUGUUAGUAAAAAAAACGAUCGCAGAGCACCAGGAAGAAAUCUCCCGUUUGAAACGGGCGAAUGCACGUCUACGAAGACUGCUGGAUUUGGUUUUCAAACCAGAGAUAAAGUUGCAUAGAUUAGCAGACCUCCAGCUGCUCACUCUCACUGAAGAGGAGGUUAACCCUGAGCGGCAGCACUGUGAGCAGGAAUGGAGCGCCAAUCUGGGGCUGCAGGAGUCUGAUGCUGAAGAGUCUAUGUGGAACUCUAUCAAUAUAACUGUAGAGAACCGGACAAAAUCUGAUGGCGAGAGCUACAGCGAGUCCGAAUCAACCAGUGACUAUGAGCCCCCCUCUGACAGUGACAACAGUGAAAGUGAUCAUGUAAAUAUGGACAAUAGAAUACGAUUGUCAGGGUUAAAGCCUCUUAAAUCAAAGCGAGGAAGAGGACGGCCAAGGAAAGAAACUGGGGCGUUGCCUGAUUUAAAAUGUGAUGUGUGCAUAAAAUGUUUUGCUACAGCAAGUGGUCUGAGAAGGCAUCUGCGAAAUUGGCACAGUGAAGAGAGACCAAUAGGACUGCCAAGGAAAGAAACCAACCUCCAGCUGCACACUCUCACUGAAGAGGAGGUUAACCCUGAGCAGCAGCACUGUGAGCAGGAAUGGAGCGCCAAUCUGGGGCUACAGGAGUCUGAUGCUGAAGAGUCUAUAUGGAACUCUAUCAACAUCAUAACCGUAGAGAACCGGACAGAAUCUGAUGGCGAGAGCUACAGCGAGUCCGAAUCAACCAGUGACUAUGAGCCCCCCUCUGACAGUGACAACAGUGAAAAUGAUCAGGUAAAUGUGGAGAAUAGAAUACGAUUGUCAGGGUUAAAGCCUCUUAAAUCAAAGCGAGGAAGAGGACAGCCAAGGAAAGAAACUGGGGCGUUGCCUGAUCUGAAAUGUGAUGUGUGCGGAAAAAGCUUGGCGACAGCACGUAGUCUGAAAAGGCAUCACCAAAAUCGGCAUCUUGAGGAGAGGCCAAGAGGAAGGCCAAGGAAAGAAACCAGUGAGUUGCCUGAUCUGAAAUGUGACGUUUGCGGAAAAUGCUUUGUGACAAGAGGUGGUCUACGAAUGCAUGAGAAAAAUAGGCACAGUGAAGAGCGACCAUACAUGUGCGACAUAUGUGGCCAAGGUUUUGUCCUGAACUGCUACCUGAUCCGACACAUGAAGACUCAUACUGAGGAGGGACAACAUUGCUGUACCGUAUGUGGCAAAUGUUUCAAUCACAAGAAUAACCUGAAAAAUCAUAUGGGUACUCAUACAGGGCCGACUUUUAAAUGUGAUUUGUGUGGAAAAUGCUUGACAACAAAAGGAAGUCUGAAACAGCAUCAGCAAAAUCACACUGGGGAGAAAUUGUAUCCGUGCAAAGAAUGUGACAAAUCCUUCAACAUUAAGGGAAGCCUGAUAUUGCAUAUGAGGACUCAUACAGGGGAGAAACCAUUUCGAUGCAAAGAAUGUGGCAAGUGCUUCAGCGACAAGGGAACCCUUACAAAGCAUAUGAUGACUCACACAGAGGAGAAACCACAUAGCUGCAACAAAUGUGGCAAAUGCUUCAGUCUAAAGGGAAACCUGACAGUGCAUAUGAAGGUUCAUACAGGGGAGGGCGUUCAAUGUCAUUUGUGUGGAACUCACUUGAAGUUAGCAUCAAGUCUGAAGAGACAUCUGCGAACUCACAAAAUAAAUGCACAAUGACUAAGAACACAUAACAAUGCCCUUUGUGUAAAAUGUGUUGCAUGGAAGAGACUAUUAUAAGAGCACAUCUCACUGGGCACAUACAUCUGGUCAACUCUAGUUUUGAUUUCAAUUAGGUUGAGUUGUCAACUAACAUGUAGGGCUUCCGUAAACGUGAAAUCAACAAAACAUUUCACAAUUGGAUUUAGGUUAAUAGUUGGGUGAAUAAAAUACAAUUCACUUACAUUGAUGACCUCUGGCAAAUCCAAUCAGUUUUCCACAUUGAUUCAAUGUCAUCACAUUGAUUUGUUGCUGUUGAAAUGAUGUUUGAACAAAGUUGAUUCCACCACUUUUUGUCCAAUAGGAUGUCACUAUAACUUUACCGGGUCACUACUGGGACAAGCCAAUUUGCUUACUCUAAGUACUUUAAACAAUGCAUAAACCUAAAGUUUUGCAGUAUAAAUGACUAUCAUUGAUAAACAUUUAAAUAUAAGCAAAAACAUGUACAGUUGAAGUCGGAAGUUUAAAUACACUUAGGUUGGAGUCAUUAAAACUCGUUUUUCAACCACUUCACAAAUUUCUUGUUAACAAACUAUAGUUUUGCCAAGUCGGUUAGGACAUUUACUUUAUGCAUGACACAAGUAAUUUUUCCAACAAUUGUUUACAGACAGAUUAUUUAUCUUAAUUCACUGUACCACAAUUCCAGUGGGUCAGAAGUUUACAAACACUAAAUUGACUGUGCCUUUAAACAGCUUGGAAAAUUCCAGAAAAUGAUGUCAUGGCUUUAGAAGCUUCUGAUAGGCUAAUUGACAUCAUUUGAGUCAAUUGGAGGUUUACCUGUGGAUGUAUUUCAAGGCCUACCUUCAAACUCAAUGCCUCUUUGCUUGACAUCAUGGGAAAAUCAAGACCUCAGGAAAGAAUUGUAGACCUCCACAAGUCUGGUUCAUCCUUGGGAGCAAUUUCCAAACGCCUGAAGGUACCACGUUCAUCUGUACAAACAAUAGUACGAAAGUAUAAACACCAUGGGACCAUACCACCGUCAUACUGCUCAGGAAGGAGACGCGUUCUGACUCCUAGAGAUGAACGUACUUUGGUGCGAAAAGUGCAACAGAACAACAGCAAAGGACCUUGUUAAGAUGUUGGAGGAAACGGGUACAAAAGUAUCUAUAUCCACAGUAAAAUGAGUCCAAUAUCGACAUAACCUGAACGGCCGCUCAGCAAGGAAGAAGCCACUGCUCCAAAAUCGCCAUAAAAAAGCCAGACUACGAUUUGCAACUGCACGUGGGGCAAAGACUGUACUUUUUGGAGAAAUGUCCUCUGGUCUGAUGAAACAAAAAUAGAACUGUUUGGCCAUAAUGACCAUCAUUAUGUUUAGAGGAAAAAGGCAGAAGGACAUCAUCCCAACCGUGAAGCACGGGUGUGGCAGCAUCAUGUUGUGGGGGUGCUUUGCUGCAGGAGGGACUGGUGCACUUCAAGAAAUAGAUGGCAUCAUGAGGACGGAAAAUUAUGUGGAUAAAUUGAAGCAACAUCUCAAGACACCAGUCAGUAAGUUAAAGCUUGGUCACAAAUGGGUCUUCCAAAUGGACAAUGACCCUUAGCAUACUUCCAAAGUUGUGGCAAAAUGGCUUAAGGACAACAAAGUCAAGGUAUUGGAGUGGCCAUCACAAAGCCCUGACCUCAAUCCUACAGAAAAUUUGUGGGCAGAACUGAAAAAGCGUGUGCGAGCAAGGAGGCCUACAAACCUGACUCCGUUAAACCAGCUCUGUCAGGAGGAAUGGGCCAAAAUUCACCCAACUUAUUGUGUUAAGCUUGUGGAAGGCUAACCGAAACAUUUGACCCAAGUUAAACAAAUACUACCAAAUACUAAUUGAGUGUAUGUAAACUUCUGACCCACUGGGAAUGUGAUGAAAGAAAUAAAAGCUGAAAUAAAUCAUUCUCUCUACAAUUAUUCUGACAUUUCACAUUCUUAAAAUAAAGUGGUGAUCCUAACUAACCUAAGACAGGGAAUUUGUACUAGGAUUAAAUGUCGGGAAUUGUGGAAAAACUGAGUUUAAACGUAUUUGGCUAAGGUGUAUGUAAACUUCCGACUUAAACUGUUUGACGUGUAACUAUUUGUAAUUUUAAAAUGUUUAUUUUUUUAUGGUUGCAAAGGUGAAGGACUCAAAUGCCACUGCAAUUUAUGAACAACCCAAUUUAUGAUUUAAUUGUGAGCUAAGCACAACUAUUUUCCGCUGUUAUAAUCCAAAAUUAUAACUCCGAUAUUAUUACUCUGCAGUAUACAAACAAAAAUAAUUACCUUUCCUGUCCGUGUAUAUCAUAUAAACAUUUCCAAACGGAUCUUGCACGAUAUCUGGACUAUGGAUUGGACAAUUUUUCCCCCACUUUUUUUUGCUGAACGAAUUGCUUAUUCUGUUCUGCAUCUUCUGGACUAAUCGGACUGAUGACAUGUCGUUUUCUACUUUCAUUUUUAAUAGCUAGCCUGUGGGUGUGCUGUCUUCACUUGAUCAUUGUGUUGUGGCAAAUUAUUUUCCUGUACAGCAGGAAUCGCAAAUUGCAGGGUAGUGUAUUUGAGGUUUAAAGAUGCCUGCUGGGAUUUGUGAUUUGACUUUAAAAUGUCAGACUUGAUUUUCCCUAACGAAUAAUGUGUCAACUGCUACGGAGAGUUCCAUUAAUUUUUAUCCACAUAAUGUUUCACUUGUCCUGUUGCAGCAGGAUUAUUUUCCCGCUGUGAGAAACGGGGGCGAAUUAGGAAAGUAGAUCUGUAUGUAGCAGCCCCCCAUUAUCGUUAUGGUGGUUAUUGGUUAACAUCUGGUCUAGGCCUAUAGGACCACGAUUUGAGUGGAUUUCUGUUUUUUAUAUUUGAUCUCCCUAAUAUAGGCAGGUUAUGGGGAUCUCACAAUUAAUGUUCUGAUGAAAUUGAUUGCAUGGAUUAUGUAAUUUGAAGGGAAUAUCUUAAUUUGGAUGGGAUACUGUAUAUUUCUACUAUCCUUCUCGUUGUUGUUUCUCGAUUUUUGGUAUUACUGUCAGUUAAUGUUUUGCCGAUGUUGAUAUUCUUGGUUGGUUUCUGUGUUUUUAAUUGUUAGUCAUUGUCUCUUUUUUUGCCAGUUGCUCUUUUUUCCCGUAUUGUUCUAUUUUUCUAGUUAUUGGCCAGUUUUUUUGUUUAGUUGCUAUUGACCACUUCUAUCAGCUAUCGAGGCCAGGGGUUGUUAAACUUUUUCAGCCUGGGACCCAAAUGAGAAAUUCUGUGUUUUCCUGGGACCCAAGUUUACGAAAACAUGCAACUAUACGUAAAUAUGGUACAUUGCCCUUGUGCCUAAAACAAAUGCAAUAUAGACAAAAACAAAUAACAAUGAAAUUAAAUAUCCAUAUAGAUAUCUAUUAAUGUUCAUUUUCCCCCAUUAAAAACAUUUUUACAUAUCUGUCUAGGUUGGAACUGUUGCUGUUAAAAUACAAUAAAUCAUUUUCAUUCUGAA